CUUGGUUAGCAUUAUCGGUGCAACGGUGUUGACUGUGAGGUUUUCUAGCAGCUGCUCAGCUUUCACCAAAUUGAGUUUAGUGAAUUUUGUUGCGAUUCCAGCGUUGUUAAUGAGUAAAUUGAGACCGGAGCUGCCUACUGCGUUGGCAAUUUUAGUUGUCACGUCACCGUAACUAGCCAAAUCUGUGACAUCUGAUAAACAAUAGAAAGAGACAUAUAAAUCAGGCGGUAAGUACCUUAGUAUUUUUAUUUAAGGCUAGCUUUCGUGUUCAAUCUUUAUUAGUGGUAAGUAGCGUGAAGUAAUGGCAGGGCCUGAUUUGGAGUUCUGGCCGCCCUAGGUUAAAUAUGAAUAUGCACAUUUUGCUUGAAAUACCACUACCUAUACUGAAUUCAUACGUUUUGAUAGUUGUUAAAGCUUGCUUCUUCGUCGUCAAACGCCAAAAUCGAAAGCUACAACGUGAAAAAUUCCAAAAACAAUGCAUUUUUUGGGCUGACAAAAUUGGUCUCCUAUUUUUUUGGUGACAAGAAAAUUUGAAAAUCACCACCUACUUCCAUUGAAAAUUAUCGUUACAAACUCAUAAUUUACAUAAUUUCCUGUUCUUUUAAUAUGUGUUAUAAGUUUGACAAGCGAAAGGAAAAAAAAAACAUCAUCAUAUUAUGGGUACAUGAUGCUCAGUUGGGUUUGGAAUUGCCUAGUGAAUUCAUUCGACUUUCGUUCUACGUGCAGAAAUGUUUGUUUCAGGUAAGCAAGUCAAGUGAGUGGAUUAAGGACUUUAGUUGCUUUAUAUUUGGCUGCAUUUUUUAUAAUGUCCGUCUGCCCCCCAUGGCGCCCGCCGGCCGCCCCCUUGGUCCUUGCGCCCUAGGCUCAAGCUUUACUAGCCUGUGGGUAAAUCAGGCCCUGAGUAAUGUAUAGUCAAAGAAGUUUUAUAGUUAUAGCCAUAAUUUAAACGCUUAAUUUGACCACAGUAAACCCGUCUUUUGGAAGUACAUUGUGUGUAUCUUUCUGUCUGGUGGUUACAAGUUUCAGGCUCCACAGAUAGAGGAAUGAGACAUUUGGGUCAUUUUUUAGCUAUUGAUUGCCAUUCCAUUAAAUAAAUUAACUACUUACAUGAAAAAUAUCUACAUCCAUAAUUAUCCGAAUUUAAAAUAUAAAGGGUACAAUAAAAUUACCUAAAUGUACUAUUUGUAGUUUGUUUGAUUCUUGAGCAAUUUUUUCUAGUUCCUGCAAAUAAUAAAAAUGUUAAUAAAAUACAUAUGUUUUGCAUGUUUCAUUUAAAAAACGUAGAGCCUAGCUGAUUUCUCGCUCAAAUUGAAGCGCCAGGCGCAUAAAGAAGAAUUUCAUUUAUAAGAAGCGUAUCUGAAAUAAUAUUCAUGUCUUUAUCUAGUUAAUUUAUGGUAACGCCAUUUAUAUGUAGUAAAACAAUCAUUGAUGACAUCAUUUAUUGCAACAUAAUAAUUAUUUUGUGUAGUAGGUGCGUAACGAAACGUGCUUCGAAAGUGACGUCAUUCCAUUUUCUUUCAGUGUGCUUGUCAUUCUGACAAUAUUGUUGUCUAUCUCAUUCACGCGCACGUUUCCUUUCCUUUCACUAAAAUAAAUCAUUUGAUUUUACGCCUUUACUCAACAAAGACGCGAGGUUUUUAUGUUGUGACUUAUUUAACUAAUAUUUAUACUAGUGUAUAAGUGUUUACGACUUAUUACGUGUUAAUUUUCUUUGAAAACAUGGCACCAAUUGAUGGGAACUUUGAUUAUGACCUGGCUGUCAUUGGUGGCGGGUCAGGAGGCCUGGCUUGUGCAAAGGAGGCAGUAAACAAUGGAGCAAAAGUGGCUGUGUUAGAUUAUGUGACGCCCUCACCACAGGGCACUAAGUGGGGUCUCGGGGGCACCUGUGUUAAUGUUGGCUGCAUACCCAAGAAACUGAUGCAUCAAGCUGCAAUAUUAGGAGAGAGUAUUCAUGAAGCAGUGUCAUACGGUUGGCAAGUGCCACAGUUGGAAAGCGUGAAGAUAGACUGGGCGGCGCUCACGCAGUCCGUGCAGAACCACGUCAAGUCCGUAAACUGGGUGACGCGGGUGGAUUUGAGGGACAAGAAAAUCGAGUACAUCAACGGUUUGGGGGAGUUCAAAGACCCGCACACGAUAAUAGCGACGAUGAAGAAUGGUUCCAAGAAGGAGCUGACGGCUAAGCAUGUGGUGAUCGCGGUGGGUGGCAGGCCGCACUACCCCGAUAUACCGGGCGCGGUGGAGUUCUGCAUCAGCAGCGACGACAUCUUCAGUCUGAGCCACCCGCCAGGGAAGACGCUCGUCGUCGGCGCUGGAUACAUCGGGUUAGAAUGCGCCGGGUUUCUGAACUCGAUGGGCUACCCGGCCACAGUGUUGGUGCGGUCAGUGCCCCUGCGCGGGUUUGACCAACAGAUGGCGGCCGCCGUCACCAACGAGAUGGAGGAGAAGGGAGUCAAGUUCCACCACCGCUGCGUCCCCUUAGGGGUGGAGAAACUGCCUACGGGACAGCUGAAAGCCAGUUGGUUGAACACCGAAACUAAGGAACAGUUCGAGGAUGUAUUCGACACAGUGCUUCUGGCCACGGGCCGGUAUGCUCUCACAAAAGCUCUCAAUCUAGAAGCCGCUGGCGUCAGUACGUUGUCGGAGAACGGCAAAAUCGUCGCGAACACGGAACAGACGAACGUUCCCCACAUCUACGCAGUAGGCGACGUACUGGAGGGCCGGCCCGAGCUAACGCCCGUCGCAAUACACGCGGGCCGCUUACUGGCACGAAGGAUAUUCGCAUCUGGCACGCACUAUAUGGACUACGAAAACGUCGCCACUACAAUUUUCACGCCGCUGGAGUACGGCUGCGUGGGGCUCAGCGAGGAGAGGGCGUUAGACAGGUACGGAGCGGAGCACAUCGAAGUGUACCACGCUUACUACAAGCCUACGGAGUUCUUCAUCCCGCAGCGAAACAUCAAGAACUGCUACUUAAAGGCGGUCGCUCUACGCGAGGCGCCGCAGAAGGUGCUCGGGCUGCAUUUCGUGGGCCCCGUCGCGGGGGAGGUCAUCCAGGGCUUCGCGGCCGCUGUCAAAUGCGGCAUCACUAUGGAACAGCUGAUAAAUACUGUAGGCAUUCACCCCACAGUAGCGGAAGAGUUUACCCGCCUCAACAUCACCAAGCGGUCCGGAAGAGACCCCAACCCUGCUUCCUGCUGCAGCUAAAUAAAUAUCUACCACUCCCCUUCAUCUUGCCGGGAUAGUAAUCUAAAACCCGUCAAAUAACCAUAAACCCUUAACCCCUUAUUUACACGAAGAAUAAGCAUGGAUUAGUUACACAGUUAGGGGCCAUUCAAGUAUUACGUAAGCACUAUAGGGGGGCAGGGGGGUCUUUGCAUUGCUUAUUUUUGAUGACAUGGGGGUGGGGGGGCGGGGGGUCGAGAUAGUGAUUACGUAAGCAUCAUGGAUUCAGGUGUCAUGGACUGAAGACUAUAUACAUAUACCAAAAAAUCGAAAGAAACUUGUUCGUAAUAGUACCUUAUUCUAUGUUGAAUACUGUGUCAAUAAAGUUUGUUUAAAUGAAUAAUAAGUGCGUUGAAGCCCUCUAUCCUAAGCCUAUUUCAGUAUUGCUGCUCAUGAAAGCUCAUGAAUCAAUAAAAAAACAGAAUACAUUAAAGGAAAAAUGCAUGUAGGUACCAAUGUUUACGUAAGCACGUGAGGGGGGGAGUAAGAGCUUUGCUUACUUUUGCUGACAAGGGGGAGGAGGGGGUAAAUUAUUGUAAUAAAUCUGCUUACGUAAUACUUGAACGGCCCCUUACAGUUACGUUGCAAAGUUUUUUGCAAUGUGGGCCCCCACAUCGUAACAUUCCCCACAUCAGAAAAUACUACCCACCCACAUCGUGAAAGUAUUAGUAUAUCAUUCUGAAAAUCUUUUCUCUACCUACCAGGGGGCCAAUCGCCUAACGAUAUCGCCAUCCCUUCCAAUUUCAACUUUUAAUUUCUGACCGCCUAACGUUUUCAAAUAUCUCACGCUCAUUUUUUAUAACGUUGUUAUUACCAAUGCAAAAAAAAGUGUGAGGCUUUUGAAAAUCUUCGGCGGUCAGUAACAACUAUAUGGAAUCGUAAGCGAUAGCCAUAGCAAUCCCGUUAAGUGAUCAGGAGGCUGGUAGCAACCCAAACAUUAAUAAUAUGCUGAAACUAUAGGACCACUAGCCCGCCCCCACAUCAUAGUGUAUUUACUAAUUACAAUUGUAAAAAAAUGGCCGUAGUACUUUUGCUUAUAUAUACAAUCUGUUCUAAAAGUAUUACACACUCGUCCAGGUAAAAUACUUAAAGAGCUGUGUAGAAAUAUGAAGUUAAAGUUCCAAACUUAAGCCAUUUAAUAUGACAUCACAAAUAUCUUCGUUAGUAACCAAUUCCUUCCGAUUUGUUGAGUAUAUUCCGGCUUGGUCUACUUCGAACACAUUAAAAUACUCUAUCAACUUGGUGUACAGACAUAUUGGUGUUGACCAACUUGAUAUUUGUUGUUGUAGUGUAUUUAUAUAAAUAUAUUUGGUGCUUGCACGAAUUUUAAAAAUUCCUUCUCGUCUCGGUGUUAACAUGUUUUUAGAGUACAAAAUUUAAUUCAUUAAUGAGAACUAAAAUAUACUUUUAUCUAUGUAUACCUAUUGUUGUCUCAAAUAAGUGAACUGAGUACUUGUUGUAAUUUUAUUAAUUUUGGGUCCGUGUUUAUACGCACACAGUAUUAUUUGUUACUUAACCGGAAUCGUUUUUCACAAUUGACAUUCCGAGAGCACUUCUUUAAGAACAUAAAUGUUUCUCCACUUCUGUUUUUAUAAUUAGAACUUGAAUAAAGUGAUAUAUUUUUAAUGAUGC